AUGUCAGAAACAACGUUGACAAAAGAAGAACUUCAUGAAGUACUUGAUUUAAAUAGAAAAUAUCAAGCUGAAAUUGACAAUGCCAUUUUAAAGAUUAAAGCUAAAAUCGAGAAAAACAAAGAAACUCAACAACGAAUAAUACAUUUAAAAGAACAUAAUAACAAUUCAAAUGUUCAGAAAGAACAUAAGGAAUCAACUAUUUAUUCACCACCAUUUUUUGUUGAUUCAAAUGGAAAUACACCACCUAUGAAUGCCACUCAAGAUGGAAAAUUAAGAGAUUUCUCAUUUAUGCAAAGACAUUUUAAAUGGAACCAGGCUGAAAGAGAUUCAUUGGCUAAAGCAAUCGAAUCACAAAAUAUGAGACUAGAGGCUUUGAUUGCAAUGGGAGAGAGAAGGUCUUUUAGAGAUGUACUAAAUAUAAAUAAAAAUAAAUUAUUAUACAAUGUACAAAAUUUGGAUUGGCAGGAAAUCUCAAGACAACAUGUUGUCACUAAAAAUGCAGAAGAAUGUUUAACACAAUGGACAACACGAGAUCAUCCAUAUGUCAAUAGAAGUGAAUGGACAGCUCAAGAAAUAUCAAAUCUCUAUCAAAUUGCAAAACAAAGAAAUAAUAGAAAUUGGCAACUAAUUGCUGCUGAAUUGGGUGUUUCCGAAUGUUUUAAGCAAUAUAACAAACAAUUCUUAGAACCUCGAAAAUGGACACAAGAUGAAGAUGAGCUACUCGUUCGUGCUGUAGAUUUGUAUGGUGAAAAAAAUUGGCAACAAGGUAUCCAAUGUCUACAUCGUUGGACCAAAAGAUUAAAUCCUACAAUAAGACGUGGUAGAUGGACCGAACAAGAUGAUCAAGCACUAAAAAAUGCAGUUCAAAUGUACGGACCUGGUAAUUGGGUGAAAAUACAGCAAUUUGUACCAAGUAGAACCGACGUACAAUGUCGUGAACGUUGGGUGAAUGUUCUAAGCCCGGAUAUUAAAAAAGAUCCAUGGACUGCUGAAGAUGAAAAGUUAUUACAAAUAGUAAAAGAGAUUGGUUUGGGAAAAUGGGCAAGAGUAUGUAUGUGUAUGGAGGGUAGAACUGAUAACCAGGCUGAGGCAAAUGUAAAAAGAGAAGCUGAAAGAGCAAAUGACAGAUCUCAUCCUAUAUACCCAAUUAAUCUAGCUUCAGCUUCAACUUUAUCACAAAUUAUUAAUGAUGUUAAAUGUGCUGAUAAUAAUGAAAUUAUUGAAUUGGCUGAUAAUGAAAAAGAAAGUGCAGAAUAUCAAAUUUUACAAUCAAGAUUUCAAAUGGUAUUUGGUUUUUCAGCACAUGCAGUAUUCUGGUUUGGCGUAGAAAUAGUAGUUUCUGGUUGUUUGUAUUCAGAAUUGCAUUUUAAAUUUAUGAUUAUUCAAAGAAUCACUUUACGUGCUAUUCUUAUUACCAGGUCUGAUGAUGAUGUAAUUAUUAAACAACCCAGUGAAGAUGAUGUUUAUCAAGAAUAUAUGUCAGAAAGUAUGAUGCAGGUAUUGAAAAAAGAUGAUACAUCAAAGGUACAUGCAUCAUUUGAGAUCCAGGGCCGGUUUGAUUACAAAGAGGCAUGUAGAUAUCAACCUCGAUUUAAUAU